UAACAGUCUCAUUGUCUAUUCAUUAAGUUUGUCAGGAGGGGGGGAAAAAUGGAAAGUUUGAGUGUGGAGUGGGACUGUGGGGCUUCUGUUAGAGCAGAAGGGGAGGAGAGCGCAGAGGGAUGGGAGUGCGUGGGACUGCCGGCCUGUUGGAGAGGGGAGGGCUGUUGCAGCUCGGACAUUCCCGGGCUGGAAAAGACAUCAGAGACAGCAAGGGGGAAGAAAGGAGGAAGUCUUUUCUGGUGUUAUUUUUACACUGAGACAGUUUCACCAGGCUGAAACCCGAGAAAAAGGGGAAGAGCGGACACCAGGAGAGGUCAAAUGCAUGGAGAAAGAGCGGCCGAGUCUGAGUGAGAGCAGAAAGUUUUGCCGAGAAUGUGGAGAGGAAGCGGAGUCAGGAAAGGAGCUGAGGACUAUGUAAGAAUUCCCGACUGAAGUUAUGGGUUCGGAGGCCAUGGAGGACUGUGUGCAGGGGGCGCUCUCCUCACUCUACCCCCCGUUUGAGAGCACAGCGCCACCCCUCCUCUCUCAGGUCUUCUCAGUCCUGGAGUCAACCUAUCAACAGGACAGUCUCCGCUACCUCCUCGACUACUUCGUUCCAGCCAAGCACCUCCUGCACAAACUCCAGCAGCACGCCUGUUCUCAGUACCUGGGGUGCCUGUUCCUCCACUCCGGCUGGCCUCUCUGCCUGGGCGAGAAGGUGGUGGUCCAGCUCUCCACCUUGGACUGGAGGCUGCUCCGCAGCAACGACUUCUACCUACAAGUGGUGCCGUUCUCAACCCGCUGCCCCAGACUUGCCCUGAAGUGUCUGGCCGCCGGGGGGCGCACCGUUCAGGAAAUCCUGGUGCCCGAGUCGCAGCAUCCCUUGGUGUUCACCUCUGAGUGGCUUCACAGCAUCAACAAAGAGCGGGGUCACAGGCGAGAAGUUGGAGGAGGACUUGACACCUGCCUUGUCAGCACCUGCGACGGAGUGGUACGACUUCCUUGGAAAGAGAUCGUCUACCCAAAGUUUAUCCACGAUCCUUCUGAAGAGGUGGACCUCUUGGCCAACAAAGACAGUCUGAUGAGCAAGCGACUUCCUAGUGAGGGAGGCAGCAGUCUUGGGGGUUGGGGGGACUCGUCUUCAGGGGAACUGGACUCCUGGUCUUGGGAUGAAGAGGAAGAUGAUGCCUCGACGCCCCGUGGCUUGGUUGGCGACCCCGCGCUCAGGCGAAGGAGCAGUGAGGACGGUCUCGGACGGACCGGGAGGCCGCCUCAGCUAGAUGGUGACUAUGUGGAGCUUUUGGAGCUCAGAGGGGGCCCAGAUGGAAGGGUUGACAACAGGCAGAGGUACUUAGAGAUGCACGGAAUCUCCAAGACCAAAACGUUGCCUCUGUGCAGGAGAGGUAAAGCUAUCAAGCUUCGCAAAGGAAAAGCGUGGGGAUACUGGAAGAUGGAAAGAUCAGGAAGCUUUCGAGCAAUUGUUGGUGCCAGAGGAGAUUUGUCUACAACCAAAGAAGAUCUCCCACCCCCACAGUCUCUAAGAGGUUUGGCAGAAACUGGAAAGGGAAGAAGGCCAUCCUCACACGACUCAGAUGAAGGAAAUAAAGCAGCACCAGAAAUCAGUGGUAUCUGUUUUGGAGGUCCAAGGCGACCGGGUGUGGGCCGAGAAAGGGAUAGCAGCGGAUUCACAAAUGCCAGCAGCGACAGCAGGAAAGAUUCCCAGAGUAGUGACAACUUGGUCACCAGGGGUGACCGUGACUUGAACCACAAACCUGCCUCAGAGGGUCAGUCGGAUCAAGGAUCCCAAUCCGACUCUGUUUUUGAGGACUCCGACAAACGGCUGAGCUGGGACAGCGAUCCUAUCACACCCACGUCAGACCCACCAGAGAGACCACUCGCGGAGGUCUGUGUGGGCCAACAUCACACCUGCAGUGGGUCUACCACCAACAAUUCGUCCAAACCAAAGCUUGCAGGUUGUAAAGAUGAAGGGAAGACGGAGGACAGAGCGUGUCCCAAGGGGAAAGACGUAAAAUCUGCCGGAUUCAGAGCUCCACGGAGGAGAAGGAAGGGAAAAGGGGCCAAAGGGAGAGCCAGGUCUGGUGGACGUCCAAACCAGAAGGGCUCCAAAGUUCAGGGGAAAGCUCCUCAGCCCCGCUCUCCCAGCUGCUCUGCACCAGCUAAGCAUUCAAGUACAGAGAAAAACCAGCCUGAGCAAACGGAACCGGCUGAUGGGGAGGAAGGGGGUUCCAUGACAACAGACGAAGAGAAACAAAGGAGAAGCAGAACAGAGACAACUGAAUCUCAGAAUCAUGUCCAGUCUGGUAC